AUGGCGGAUGCGGUAGAGAGAACAACGGACAGUCCAUCGGGUGUUGAAAAUGAGCAGCCCGUUGAAGUCAAAUGGUAUCGAUCAGUAUUUUAUAAUGCCACGAUCCUUGGCCUUUGCAGUUUCGCCGCGCCGGGUCUAUGGGGAGCAAUGAACUCCCUCGGGGCCGGAGGGGCACAAUCACCUUAUCUCGUGAAUACCGGAAAUGCACUUACUUUCUGCCUCAUGGUGGUGUCUUGCUGGUUGACUAGCGGAGUUGUCAAGUAUAUUGGCAUCAAAGGUGCUCUCUUUGUUGGCACUAUCGGAUACGCCCCCUACAGUGCAGGACUCUACCUCAAUAAUCGAUAUGGUGUCGAAUGGCUUGUUAUUGUUGGAGCCGCUUUCUGCGGCAUAUCUGCUGGCAUCUUCUGGGCAGCCGAGGCAGCUAUCGCUAUUGCAUACCCCGAGCCGCGCAAUCGAGGAAGAAUGGUCGCAUACUGGCUGACUUGGACACGAAUUGGGCAGAUCCUCGGAGGUGCUGUCAACUUGGGUCUGAACGCGGAUCGCAACCAAGCCGGAAAGGUAUCCUAUAAUGUGUACUUGAUUUUCAUUGCCCUGCAGGCAUGUGGAACACUUGUUGCUCUAUUCCUCAACAACCCCUCUAAGGUUCAGCGACCAAGUGGAAUACCCGUCCAACUCACCAUAUUCGACAGCCCAUGGCAAGAAAUCAAAGCCACAACCAAAACCUUUCUCACCAAGAAGUUUCUUCUCAUCAUUCUCUGGAUCGGUCAAGGAGUGUACUCUGAAGCAGUCUUCUUCACAUACAAUUCUCUUUGGUUUAGCGUACGUGCAAGAGCUUUGGGAUCAUUCUUGUCCGGAAUAGUGGCAGUCAUCUGUGGAAACCUCCUUGGAUUAUGGCUAGAUCAACAUCAGAUUUCGCUGAAGACUAGGUCCCGACGGGCUUUCGUAGUUAUAAUGACGCUACAGGGAGCCUGGUGGUUGUGGCUCACAAUCAACGUUACCGAAUACCGCAGAACUCAGCCGCUCUUUGACUGGGCUGACCCCGGGUUCGGAAGAGCCUUUGGGGUCUUUGUCUUCCUUGUCGCUGGCUUCCAACUCAACUACAAUUUCUCGUACUUCAUAAUCGGACAGAUAUCCUCUAGUCCGCAGGAGACUAUCCGGCUUUCGGCCUUACUGAGAGGGACAGAGUCGGCCUGGCAGGCUGUGAGUUAUGGAUUGAAUGCCAUUCCUAUCAUAGCUUCCGUUGGUGGUCCCUACAUUAACUUCGGUCUCUGGGGCGCUGCGAUAAUACCUGUUUGGUUUGUAAUUAAGGAUUUUGGCGCGGAGAAAGAUAAGAGUGACGUGGAAAGCCCAUCAAUUGAGGUCCACAGUGAGUUGCAGAAAGAAACGGGAUCUAAUUGA